GCCGCCCCAGUGAAGAUGGCGGCUGAGCUGCAUCCUCGCAGCGGUAAACUAAUCGGUCUGUCAAACUCGAACCGAACAGCACAAAGGAACCAGCCGGUUCAGGAGUUUAAUCACGGACUAGUACUGAGCCGAGAGCCGCUGCGUGACAGAGAUGUCUUCACGGUGCGGAUCGACAAGAAGGUGAACUCGUGGAGCGGCUCAAUAGAAAUAGGUGUGACGGCACUGGAUCCGGCGGCUCUUGACUUCCCCAGCAGCGCCACAGGACUGAAAGGUGGCUCGUGGAUCGUGUCGGGUUGCUCAGUAUUAAAGGAUGGUCGCUCUGUGCUGGAGGAGUACGGCCGCGACCUGGACCAGCUGGGUGAGGGCGACCGUGUUGGGAUCCAGCGCAACGGGAGGGGUGAGCUGCACCUUUGGGUAAAUGGACAGGACUGCGGUCCGGCUGCUAGCGGCCUGCCUUCGCGCCUGUGGGCUGUGGUGGACCUCUACGGAAAAUGCACUCAAGUCACAGUGGUCAGCUGCGAGCCCCCACCAGAUACAGAACAAGAAGACUUAGUGGAAGAGGAAGAUGAGGCAGCAAUAGGAUCACCAGCUGCUUCCAUACCAAACCUGGAGGACAAGACAGGGGCCUUGGCAUUGCCCACUGUUCCUGCUAUAACUACAAUAGUUAAUGGUUCAGCAGAGGAAGUGCCUGAAGUUACAAGAGGACACAGCCGACCAGAGAAAUUCCCCAACAACUUUGAACCCGAUUCUGUCCUGACAGAGCACCAGUUAUUUGAUGUGUUCAACAAUGCAAUUGUCUCACUGUACCGAUCGGAAGAUGAGGGUGGAGAGGACCAGGGAUCGGGAGGUACAGGUGGGGGGAACUCGGACUCUUCCAGAGGAGGAACAGGAAGCAGCAGUGGAUCUAGAGGAACAGUGGAAGUAAAUGAUAACGGUGCUGGAGCCAGUGCUGAAGGCAGAUCCAGCACCAAUAACAGCCCAUCAGAAAACGGAGGAGGUGCGGCAGGGAUGGCGGUAGGUGCUAGCAGUAUAACCACCAAUGAUGCCCUGCUCUUCCAUGAGAAGUGUGGAACACUGAUUAAACUGAGCAACAACAACAAAACAGCAGAGAGGAGAAGACCACUGGACGAGUUCAAUAACGGCGUGGUCAUGACCAACCGUCCACUCAGGCACAACGAGAUGUUUGAGAUCCGCAUUGAUAAACUGGUGGAUAAAUGGUCAGGAUCUAUUGAGAUUGGAGUGACAACCCACAACCCCAACAAUCUGGACUACCCUGCAACAAUGACCAACUUGCGCUCAGGUACAAUCAUGAUGAGCGGCUGUGGGAUUCUGACCAAUGGGAAAGGCACACGAAGGGAGUACUGUGAAUUCAGUCUGGAUGAGCUUCAGGAGGGAGAUCAUAUAGGGCUGAUGAGGAAAGCCAGUGGGGGGUUACACUUUUACAUCAAUGGUAUUGACCAAGGCGUGGCUGCUAACCAGACUCCAGGUAUAGUAUAUGGGGUAGUGGACCUCUACGGCAUGGCUGUAAAAGUCACUAUCGUCCAUAAUCACAACCACAGUGAUCGUUUGCGUCGAAACAAUGCUAUUAUGAGGGCCCUGUCACCUGACGUGGGGCGACCUCGGGCUGGCCUUUCAUUGAUCUCAGACCCUGAAGCCCCGGAUCGACUGCUCUUCCACCCAAACUGCGGCCAAAAGGCGGCCAUAAUCAGCGAUGGCAGAACCGCACUGCGACCUCAUGCGACAGACGAUUUUAAUCACGGAGUGGUGCUAAGCAACCGUCCUUUACACGCGAACGAAGUGUUCCAGGUGCGCAUAGACAAAAUGGUGGACAAGUGGGCGGGGUCUAUAGAGAUUGGAGUGACCACACAUAACCCUGCCUAUUUACAGCUACCUUCAACUAUGACCAACCUGCGCUCAGGAACAUGGAUGAUGACAGGGAAUGGAGUGAUGCACAAUGGAACUACAAUACUAGACGAGUAUGGACAUAAUUUGGACAGACUAAAAGCUGGAGAUACCGUAGGCGUGGUACGAAAGGACGAUGGCAGUCUGCACUUUUUUGUAAAUGGAGUACCUCAGGGGCCAGCAGCCUGGAAUGUACCACCCAAUGUUUAUGCAGUAGUGGACCUGUAUGGCCAGGCAGCGCAAGCAACCAUCAUGGAUGACAUGGCUGACCUCCCUCCUCUACCGGACGAUAGUUCAGAGGGACCGAUAGCAAUGUCUCCAGGUAGUCCAUGUUCUGUAACAGGAGUCAGUGCAUCCAGCGACCUGCGCUUCCAUCAGCUGCAUGGCACUAAUGCUGUCAUUACCAAUGGUGGUCGCACAGCAUUUCGCCAGAACUGCCGCAGCGAAUUCAACGAUGCCAUUGUCAUUUCUAACAGGGGCCUUCGUGAUGGAGAGUUGUUUGAAAUUGUGAUCCAGAAGAUGGUAGACCGCUGGUCAGGCUCUAUAGAGGCAGGUGUGACUGCUAUUAGGCCAGAUGAGCUGGAGUUCCCCAACACUAUGACUGAUAUUGAUUACGACACCUGGAUGCUGAGUGGCACAGCGAUCAUGCAGGAUGGGAACACGAUGCGGAAUAACUACGGCUCUGACCUGGACACGCUGGGCUCGGGGUCCAGGAUUGGAAUGAUGCGUACAGCAUCUGGAGACCUGCACUAUUUUAUAAACGGGUUGGACCAGGGGGUGGCAUGUACUGGACUACCAUCAGAGAUUUAUGCAGUGAUUGAUCUGUAUGGGCAGUGUGUACAGGUGUCCAUUACCAGCUCAUCUGGCCCUCUGGAUAACAGCUUGUGUACCAGUAAUAUUACUGAAAAGAGUUUCCCGAUACACUCCCCAGUGGCAGGAGUGGCUCAUCGCCUGCACAACAAACAUGGUAAAAAUGUAGUGUUACUUGGUGAAGGAUGCCAGGCAGUCAGGGUGGGUGGUUAUUCCCACGGAAUUGUCUUCAGUGCAAAAGAGCUUAAGACGGAUGAGCUGUUUGAGGUGAAGAUAAACGAGGUGGAUGAGCAGUGGUCUGGUUCUCUCCACAUUGGCUUGACGACGCUGCAGCCCCCAGAUCUGCCCUCCUGCCCCCUCAGUGGCCUCUCUCCUUCCCUUACUCAGCUCCGAUCAAAGGUUACCUGGCUGCUGGCUGGUUCAGAAGUCAGACGUAACGGAGUGCUGCAGAGGCAGAACUACGGCUGCUCUCUAGAUCGGCUGACGGUUGGGAACCGCGUUGGAGUUAAGAGAUGCAGUGAUGACACCAUGCACAUCUUUAUAGAUGGAGAGGACAUGGGAGCUGCAGCUACGACUGUGGCCAAGAAUGUGUAUGCAGUGUUGGAUCUGUAUGGAAAGGUGACGGCAGUGUCAGUCGUCAGCUCCACUCUAAUAGAGGACAAUGACAGUGUAAAGGCUCCAUCACUCACAUCUGACAGCUCCAGUGAGGGAGAGGAAGAUGCUACUCCGUGUGAGAGUGAGUUAGCCCAGGCACCAGUUACAAUGUCUUUUCUGGAGAAUCAUGGGAAAAACAUCCAGCUGUCCAAUCAGAACCUGACCGCUGCCCGAGUGUCAAGCUAUAACCAGGGCCUGCUGGUCACCGCCCAAGCUUUAUCUCGCCAGCAGCUCUUCCAGUUUCAGAUAGACAGAUUAAACUCAUCCUGGACGUCGUCUCUGUCUCUGGGUAUCAUUGGUCACUCUCCUGAUCGGCUCAACUUCCCUUCUACAGCCUGCUGUCUUAAACGCUCUGUCUGGCUUCUGCAGCGGGACUCUGUCUUCCACAACUCACUAAAGAUAUGUGAGAAUUAUGGGCCGAACUUGGACACAUGUCCUGAGGGGACAGUGCUGGGUCUGCUGGUAGAUGCUAAUGGCUGUCUUCACCUGUAUGUAAAUGGGAUGGACCAGGGCAUAGCAGUCCAGGACAUCCCAAGUCCCUGCUACCCCCUCAUCGACCUUUACGGACAGUGUGAACAGGUUACCGUAGUUACUAGCCAUGUGGCGGCAGUAGGUGCAGAGAGUGGUGAAGUGCGGUGCCAAGGAGAUAUGGAGAAGGCUGAUAUGGUGGAUGGUAUAAAGGAGAGCGUAUGCUGGACGCCUCCUCCCGAGGUGAACACCAAUAAGGUAUGCGAGUACCAGGCGCUGUGCUCCAGAUUUAAGGACCUGCUUACACUACCUGAUGGUUACUUUAAUGAGGAUGCCAAAUAUAACCUGUGUUACUGUGAGUCAUGUCAUAAGCUGCGUGGUGAUGAGGCUUACUACAAGCGUGGAGAGCCACCCAGAGACUAUGCCCUUCCCUUCGGCUGGUGCCGCUUCGCUCUAAGGAUAAAGCCGCACUGUGAUGUAUCGAACACCUUUAAGAAGUGGCACAUUGCAUACCACGGGACAAAUGUGGGCUUACUCCGCCGUGCACUGGAUCAAAGCCAGCUCCUAUCAGCAGACUCGUCCUCUGUGUUUUCUGUGUCCCCGGUGAAAGCAGAGGGCCACGGCAGCUACGGUGAGCCAGAUGAGAACAGCGCUCCAGAGAGAGAGGUACCCCGCGCAUGCCUCUCACCCACUAUGCGCUACUCUGGCCUGGAGGCCUUCGCCCCUAAAGUGCAAUUCAGAGACCCACGCUCCCUGCGCUGCCACCAUGCCCAGGUUGGCUUCCAGGUAUGUGUGCGCCCGGGCUCCUACAAGGUUGGCCCUCAGUCAGUGGGCAUCAGCGAGCCGCUGGAUCCUAGAUUUAGCAACACCGAGAUCGAGUGGAUCACCAAGGAGAAAGGGGGCAUCCUGCUGUACGGCCUGCUGAUCCGCGUGGAGUAGAGAGAAAAGUGGAGGAGACUGGUGUGGAGCGAUGUGGAGUAGCUCCUCCGUUCUGUUUAAGCACUGAACAUGUCACAUGUCUGCAUCUGGUUACUGUUCUCCAAUCAGGAUGAAGUUUAAAGCUCUCAGCCGUUUGUUUGUUCGUUCUUAUUUUAUAUGAAGCUGAUUCUUUUUUUGAGUCACAUUUUGCACUUUAUGUUUUGGACACUUUGGAUGAUUUUCUUUAUUCUAACGGACAUUAGACUGUAUGUUGUUGUAAAUAUCAUACAGUUUAGCUUUUUUUUCUCCUCUCUUUCUCUGUACCGUCACUCCCACUUGGCAAGUCGGAAUUCUCCCUUCUAUCAGAAUUACGCUCCUCAGACUCAACAAAUCAGCUUAUAGCACAGCCCCGGAUCCUGUGAUGAUUUUUUUUUUUGGUGUUUUAAAAACUGCUAGCAAAAGACAAAUCAACCUGAACUAAACAAAGAGAAAAACAGCAAGAGAAAAACAGUGUAAACAUUGACAAAAAAAGGAAAAACACUUGAAACUAGCAUCAGGAAGUGACGUCAUGUUUGAGGUCUUUGAUUUUUUUUUUGCUGUUCAUGUCGAUUCCACUUGACACAAGCUGUCUGCUGUGUAUUUACACAAACACGUGUACAUAGAACGUUUUAUCGGUUACACACAGUAUUACAUUUUUACUCCGGAGAUCUGGAAUGAUGUGUGACUGCCUCUUUCUAAAGUGUGUAUAUACACAGCAUAGAGCUAGCGUGGAGUGGAAAACGUUUGUUGCUUUCUUCUUUUCUUUUGGGUCCAACGUGGAACAUUGAAACAUUGGAGCAGUUGUAGUAGAAUCCCUUCAUAUACAUUUACCACCUCUAGUUUAAUGUCUUUUAAUCAACAGUGUACUGUUGUGUAAUGAGCUGGAAUAGAAUAUUGAAGGCUGGUGAGACUGUUGACAUUGGCAAAAGUUUGUGAACACCAUCUAAUUAAUCAGUGGCAUUUAAUAAGGCACUUUCAUUGGUUGCUUCCUUUCCAGCAAAGCAGUCUGUCAAAUGUUUGCCCUGCUUGAGCUGCUCCAUUGCCAGUAUUAUGAGAUGGAAACAUCUAGAAGCAACAACUACUGAGCCAAAAGCUAGCAUGAAAACAAUAUCAGCACAUAAUCUGAGAGGAACUGAUUUGGGGUUUUUUUGGGCUGACCAGACACACACAAGCCUAAGAUCACCAAACCCAGUACCGUUAUUGGGACUUUGGAGCAUUUGCAUUGAUGACUUAUGUUGUCGUGUAAGAUCUAGUGGAGUGCUGUUAUGGAUGCAAAGGAAGCCCAGCAUCUUAACACUGGGAUGCGGUGUCCACGAACUUGGCCAUACAGUGUUCCCCAUUAUGCAAAAAGCUAAUCAUUUCUGAACUUCACAAGAAUGAGAUAUUCUGUCUUUCCUCUUAUAAUGAAUGUAUUUUUGCCUGUGAAACACAUGGAAAGGUGAUCACUGAUUGGACAGGAGAAGCACAUGCUGCGUUCCAUUGCACUUACCCAAAGUGACUUACAAUUGUGACCAAAUGCAUUCCAAGCAAUUGAGGGUUAAGCGUCUUGCUCACAGGCCUAAUUAUGGCAACCUGGCAGUGGUGGGGCUUGAACCAGCAAUCUUUUGAUUUUUAGUCCAAUGCCUCAUCUGCUGAGCUACCACUGCCUUUAAAUGCUUCUGAGAAUCUGCAUGCUGACAGAAAGAGAUCAAAAUUGUGGCUGCUUCUAACCUUGAUGAUUUAUCCAACCAGCGCAGUGUUAUUCAGACUUUUCUUUUUAACAGAUCCCAGAUUCCACAUGUGUAACGAAUUUGGCUAUGUCUGGAGGUGGGAUGGGAAUGGCAGAACAGCCUAACCUUUGGGAAGUGCUCUUGUCAGUGUGCUUUCAGUGCUUGUUCCAAGUUUGGAUAAAAAUAAAAGCAAGACCCUUACUACUAAAUCUUCAGAGCAAUUGAGAGUGAUCCACCUGAUCUGAUCACCAGGGUUUGCACUCUGGUUUCCUUCCACCUCCCAAAAUGUAGAAGAUAGAUUGGCUACUCUAAGUUGUAGUUCCUGCUUUUGAAGUUCCUGCUUGUGUUCACUGUUUCUAUAUGAUGCCACAUCCACUAGCGAGAAUGAAUGAAGGAAGGAAGAACAUUUUUGCUUCCUGACUUAGAAUUGUGACUUAACGACUGCACAUUUCUGAGCUGGAGGUGAUCCUCUCUCGAAUCCCCAAGACAAUGUAACGCAGCAUACAACUAAAAUCCUGUAAAACACAAGGUAUCUUGGGAAAUUAAGUUUACACUGCUUCUAUUUUUCUGUUUGAAUAUUGUUUACUGUUAUUUAUUUUGAUCUAAGCUCUUUAUCCUGGUCAGGGUCGCAAUGGGCCUGGUUUCUCCAGGAAACACUAGGCGUAUGACAGUAAUUCCCUGGACAGGUUGCCAAUCCAUCACAGGGUAUAUCCCCUCCGACCCAGACAUAGCCAUAAUGUCUGUGCAGACACCCGGCCAGUUACAAGAACCCGGAUCUCAUUGGUGGUGGGCUAGUGUUACAUACCGCUUCGCCACCUGAGCGCCUACAAUGAUUUUAAAAACCUUGCAGUUGUUUGUACUAUUUUAAUUUCUCCAAAGACAUCUCUGAAACCCAAGAUUCCUCCUUUUAGUUGCCAAUAUGAACUCAUUUUUUAUGUGACAAGAACCACUAUGUUGCCAAGGGCCGUGUCUGAAUGCUUGCUACGUAAUGUGAAAAGUGAAUACCCAGGGUUCAUGUUGGCCAUUGCUGCUUUUUUUUUUUCAACUGUCCAAUUGUAUUAUUUGUUUAUGUCAGUUUUAUUUUUUAUUUCCUUACGUUGUACAGGCUGUUACGUAACACUAAUAUUAUCUUCCUGAUUUGUAAGAAAAUAAAAACACAAAAAUCGAAAGUUAUGCACUGUA